AUGACGCAUCAUGUGAAUGUGGAGAUGCCGUGUGGAUUAGGGCUUUACGUAAUUUGGACCAAGUACGGCCCAUGUGAUUUCCCUAGUCUCGUGAAUUUAACUCAGUUGGUAGGACAUUGCAUUAUAUAUGUUGGAGCUGAGGUUCGAACCUCAGACAUCCCACUUAUCCACCUUAAAGGUGAAUUUCUAGCCAAUAGACUAAUUGACAAAGAAAACAAGAUUUCUCUAGGGCAUAUUCUAUCAUGUGACCAAUUGGAGAAUGUGGAUAAUGAGGAAAAGAACAAUUUUCUAAGUCCAUGCGACGUUGAUGAUGCACUUGAGGCUUCUGAUGCAAUCCCCGCUGUGACGGUGGCCUUGCCUGCCCCCACAGAUGACACAAACAUUGCCACCACCUCUACUGCUACCACUAUAGCAACACGCUCGACAAGACAACGCAAUAACAAGUAUUCAGGCGGCGUUAGACAAUAUCAGAGGCUAUGGACAAAGCAGGACGAGAUGGAACUGUUGAAGGGAUAUCUGGAUUACAUCAAGCAGCAAGGAAGAACAGCUACUACUCUUCAAAGCGACGUAGCUUCGUUCUACGAUCAAGUUAUGCCUAAAUUCAAUACAUAUUUCAAUAAGAAUCAGCUUGUUGAUAAACUACGUAGGUUAAAGAGAAAACACAAGAUGGUUUUGGACAAAAGCAAAGAGGUUCAGGUUUCUUUCAAAAUCCCACACGAACAGGCCAUUUUCGAAAUUUCUCACAAGAUUUGGGGCAAUGACACAGACCAUGAUGUUUUUGAUGUUGAUGAAUCAAGACAUGUUUCUGAAAGUCCUGAUCUUAUUGACAAUGUUAAGAUGAAGAAUGAAUAUGUUGACGAUUGUGAAGAAAUGGAUAAAAGGCCGCACAAACGUAUGAGGUUAACAACAGAUGAUGUGAACACAAAAAAUGACCAGAACUAUGGCGACGUUACUAGUAUACACGGCUUCAUUGAGGAAACCAUGAGGUCCUGUUUCCCACCAUUGUUGAAGGAAUUGUUGGAUGACGCUUCUGUAGAGCCUCUUGGCGCGUUGCCAAUGAUGUUAUCCACUGGGGAGGCGAGGGAUGAGCAAUGGUUAAAACGGAGGAUUUUGGAGCUUGAGGUGUAUUUGAAUCGAUUGGAGUUGUUGCAGGGUCAGAUCAAGGCUAGAUUAGAGGAGUUAAAAUCUAGCUUAGAUUGA